AACAUUAUGAUUCUAAGUUGGAUUCAACAAGUAGUAGACUCAGAGAUUCAAAAGAAUAUUCUUUCUAGCAAAACAACUAUUGAUGUCUGGAAGAGUUUGCAGUCUAGAUAUGGUUCUGGUGAUCUCAUACAUGUUGCUGAGUUUGAAGAAGCCUUAUCUUCCCUUCAUCAAGGUAACCUCCUACUAGUCAUACAGAAUGUCGGGCGAUGAAGAAGGAUUUAGAAUACCAUGAUACCAACUGUGUCAUCAAAUUCCUUAGAGGAUUGAAUGAAAACUAUGCUGGAGUUAGGGCACAAGUUCUAUUUGGGGAAGAAUUACCAAACAUUAAUAGGGUGUUUCAAAGGCUCUUGCAACAUGAGAGACAAAUCUAUGGUACUCAGAAGGGUAAGAUGGUAGCUUAUGCUACCACUGAUUCUAUGGCUAUGGCUGUCCAAGGAGGCAACAAGAGAUUUCCUCCAAUUGUUAAAAGACCCUUCUGCACUCACUACAAGAAGGAAGGUCAUACUCAGGAUAUCUGUUAUCAUAUCCAUUGUUGGCCACCUGGUAUGAAUCAAAGACCCCCUGCUACCCCUGUUAGUCCAAUUGAAUACACAUAUUGUCAAAGGUCAGGCCACCCAUCGUUGUUUUAAGAAGCAUGGCUUUCCUCCACAUCUGGCUGUCAGGAUUGCUUCCUCGUCUAACAACAGAGGCAAGCAGUUUGUCAACUCUACUGUUGCUAAAACAUCAGACCAGGAAGUCAAGCUCACCAAAAAAGACUAUGACAGACUUCAUGGCUUUAAUGAACCCUCAACAUGGAUCCUCUUUCUCAGCAGCUGCUUAUGUCUCCAACUCUUCAGCUCCAGGUAAAUUCCUUUGUUCCAUUCCCAGUAAACCACAGUAUCUCAAGAAUUUCACUGAUUGGAUUCUGGAUACUGGUGCUUCAGACCAUAUCACUUUCUCUUUAGACUACUUGUCUGAUUAUUUGAAGGUAGACAAUAUCUUCAUUACCUUGCCUACAGGGGAACAAAUUUAAGCUACCCACAUUGGCACUACUAAGUGUAGUUCCUCUCUUUUUUCUUGAAGAAGUGUUGUUUGUCCCUCACUUCACCUUCAACUUUGUUUCAAUGAGCAAACUUACCACUAGAAAACCUUUAUACUUGAAUUUCUAUCCUGAAUUUUGUCUCAUACAGGACCUGGAGAUGAAGAGAAUGAUUGGUUCUGCUAGGCUCAUCAAUGCUCUUUACCACCUAGAAGUAGACUGCAAACCUAAACUCAUCACUACUGCUAGGGCCACUAUUUUUUAUCUUUGGAACUUUAGGUUAGGGCAUGUUUCUCAUACCAGAGUUCCUUACCUCAGUCCAUUUUGUACCUCCAUUCAGAUCUUUAAAGAUCAGCCCUGUGAUGUGUGUCAUUUUGCAAAGCAAAUGAGACUUCCUUUUCCCAUUAGUCAAACUGUAACAUAAAGAUGUUUCCAGUUGAUUCAUGUCAAUAUUUGGGGGUCCCAACCCCGUUCCUACUUAUGAUGGUUUCAAAUAUUUUUUAACAAUUGUUGAUGAUUUUUCUCGUAUGACUUGGAUUCUCUUGCUUAAACUCAAAUCAGAAACACAAGCACAUCCUUGCUGUUACUAGGGCUCUUAUGUUCCAAGUUGCUUUACCUGGUUUCUAGGGUGACAGUGUCAAACAUGCUGUUUACCUUAUUAACCGAGUUCCUACUCCAAUCCUAGAUAGCCAAACACCAUUCCAAAAACUUCACAACACCAUUCCUGAUCUAUCAGACUUAAAGGUUUUUGGUUCUCUGUGUUAUGCCUGCACAUUAGCAAACCACAUAACUAAAUUUGCAUCCAGAGCCAGGAAAUGAAUUUUCAUUGGAUUUGUAUCAGGUAUCAAAGGAUACAAAAUAUAUGACAGACACGCUACGACACAACACCAAACUGCGACCAAGUGUAAUCGCAGUCCGGGAAUGCAGUAAAGUGGCAAGUCUAUUUAUCAACUCGGAGUCUAGAUCUACUGCCUACUCCGUGAGUAUCUAUUAUCUAGCCAACUAGGUCGAUUGGUUGUGGUUUUAACUAAAUGCAGUAAGAAAGCAGGAAAUGAUUCGGUUUUCUAAAGCAAAGGAAGAGUCACUCGCGAAUGAGUCCCCCUAGCUCCUUAGUUAGGUCACAGUUGUAAUUACUUUUAGUUGCUUUACUGCUGAUUAUACUGCGGAAGAUCCGACAGUAGCUUGGAAUCUCUUAAGCUGACUAAGCCCUCUCAGUCAAACUACCCGGCAGGCGACUAGUCUUCACCGGGAUAGAACGCCGAGGCAAUGAACACAGAACUCCACUACUGGAAUUAGAUUCCAGUACAAAGCAGUGAAUCGACUAACUCUCGUAUAAUCUACUCACUACUACCGAUUGAAGAAGCUCUAACAACCUAAUCAGAUUCUAUCUAUCUCAGGUUGCAGCAGAAAUCAAUAAAAGGUGAUCAGACUUCAAUUGACACAAUUAAAACACUUCAAUCGAAUAUAAUCAAGCAAUAUCACAAUCCAAACAUAAUUACAAUCAAGAUUCCUAACACAUGGAACUAGGGUUCUUCAUACCCAAGUGAGAGAGAGUUCUACUCCAUAGAGAGAGAGAGGAAAAAAGAAAUCAGAGUAGUCAUACUCAUAAAGAUGAGGAAAAUCUGCUCCGGGAUUUUUGCUCUCAAAAGUCGAUUUCCUCUCCUUUGGCUCGAUUCUGCCUCAAAAACUCGAUUCUGGGAGAAUUAUGGCCAGAAUUACGGUCGUAAUCAUGGUCUGCCCGUAAUUGCCCAAAACGCGUGUUUCACUUGACUCGGAAGAAAGGAUUUACGGUCGU